GGAAACGUGCCUGAAGGGUUAGGCAGCGCCCCUCCCGGAGCUUCUGGAGGAAAGGCCCCAGGUGGCCCCCGGCAUGCCCCAUUCCAAGGCGGGGUGCGCGGCUACCGGCCCUCGGGAGAAGUUGGGUGGCCCGGGGCGGCCCCGGGGACGAGUGGCCGCGUUUGUGCAGCGGUUAUGAGCAAGAUGGGGCGGCGCGAGACCCUGCAACGCAAAUCCUGAUGCUGGACCCCAGCCUCCCGAGUGGUCAUUUCUCCGACACUUGGCCCCAAGCAAAUGCAUCACAGGAUGAAUGAACUGAACCUGAGUCCUGUGGGGAUGGAACAGCUGACUUCAUCCUCUGUGAGCAAUGCCUUGCCAGUCUCAGGAAGUCACCUGGGCUUGACUGCUUCGCCGACUCACAAUGCCAUCCCUGCCCCAGGCCUGCCGGUGGCAAUUCCCAACCUCGGCCCCUCCCUGAGCUCUCUGCCGUCUGCUUUGUCUCUGAUGCUCCCAAUGGGUAUUGGUGACCGAGGAGUGAUGUGUGGGUUGCCAGAGAGGAACUACACCCUGCCCCCAUCCCCAUACCCGCACCUGGAGAGCAGUUACUUCAGAACCAUCCUGCCUGGCAUCUUAUCUUACUUGCCUGACAGACCUCCCCCUCAGUACAUCCACCCCAGCUCUAUAAAUGUGGACGGUAACUCAGCAUUAGCUAUCGCCAGUAACCCCGCAGCACUAGAUCCAUAUCAGCCGAACGGGACCGUUGGAUUAGAACCAGGCAUGGUGUCGAUAGACUCUCGCUCCGUGAACACACACAGUACCCAGAGUCUUCAUCCAAGCGACGGCCAUGAGGUGGCCUUGGACACCGCCAUCACGAUGGAGACGGUUUCUCGGGUGACCAGCCCGAUCUCGACAGAUGGCAUGGCAGAGGAGCUCACGAUGGAUGGUGUUGCCGGUGAACAUUCCCAAAUCCCAAGUGACUCCAGAAGUCACGAGCCUCUGUCUGUGGAUUCUGUGAACAACAACCUUGCAGCCGACCCCGUAGGACACGGUGGUGUGAUCCCCAUUCAUGGGAAUGGCUUGGAGCUCCCUGUGGUCAUGGAGACAGACCACAUUGCAAGCCGGGUCAACGGGAUGUCUGACAGUGCCCUCAGUGACUCCAUGCACUCCGUGGCCAUGAGCACUAACCCUGUAAGCGCGGCACUCUCUACCUCACACAGUCUCGCCUCCCUAGAGUCUGUCUCCCUCCAUGAAGUUGGCCUCAGCCUAGAACCUGUGGCGGUCUCCUCCAUCAGCCAGGAGGUGGCUCUGGGGACAGGUCAUGUAGAUGUAUCUUCAGACAGUCUUUCUUUUGUGUCGCCUUCACUGCACAUGGAAGACCCCAGUUCAAACAAGGAAAAUGCGGCAGCCUUGUUUACCAUUUGGUGCACCCUCUGUGACAGAGCCUACCCCUCAGACUGCCCAGAUCACGGGCCGGCCACCUUUGUUCCUGACACGCCCAUCGAGAGCAGAGCCAGGCUUUCUCUCCCAAAGCAGCUGGUCCUCCGCCAGUCCAUUGUGGGCGCCGAAGUGGGUGUGUGGACGGGAGAAGCCAUCCCUGUGCGGACUUGCUUUGGGCCCCUCGUUGGCCAGCAGAGCCACUCCAUGGAAGUAGCAGACUGGACAGACAAGGCCGUUAACAACAUCUGGAAGAUCUUCCACAACGGCGUGCUGGAGUUCUGCAUCGUCACCACGGACGAGCACGAGUGCAACUGGAUGAUGUUUGUGCGCAAGGCCCGGCACCGGGAAGAGCAGAACCUGGUGGCUUACCCGCACGAUGGCAAGAUCUACUUCUGCACCUCCCAGGACAUCCCGCCCGAGAGCGAGCUGCUCUUUUACUACAGCCGGGAUUACGCACAGCAGAUGGGGGUUCCUGAGCACCCAGAUGUGCACCUCUGUAACUGUGGCAAGGAGUGCAAUUCCUACUCGGAGUUCAAAGCCCACCUGACCAGCCACAUUCACACACCCCUGCCCAGCCAGGGCCCGGGCAGCAGCCACGGGCCCAGCCACAGCAAAGACAGGAAGUGGAAGUGCUCCAUGUGCCCGCAGGCCUUCAUCUCGCCCUCCAAGCUGCACGUCCACUUCAUGGGCCACAUGGGCAUGAAGCCCCACAAGUGUGACUUCUGUAGCAAGGCCUUCAGUGACCCCAGCAACCUGCGCACCCACCUGAAGAUCCACACAGGCCAGAAGAACUACAGGUGCACGCUGUGCGACAAGUCCUUCACGCAGAAGGCCCACCUCGAGUCCCACAUGGUCAUCCACACGGGCGAGAAGAACCUCAAGUGUGACUACUGCGACAAGCUGUUCAUGCGGCGGCAGGACCUCAAGCAGCACGUGCUCAUCCACACGCAAGAACGCCAGAUCAAGUGUCCUAAGUGCAGCAAGCUGUUCUUGAGAACAAACCACUUGAAGAAGCACCUCAACUCUCAUGAAGGAAAACGGGACUACGUCUGUGAGAAAUGCACAAAGGCUUACCUGACCAAAUACCACCUCACCCGCCACCUGAAGACUUGCAGAGGGCCCGCCCCCGGCUCCUCAGCCCCCGGGCAGGAGGAGGAAGAAGAGGAGGAAGAUGAUUCCGAGGAGGAGGAGCUAGUCGACUCAGUGGGCACGGAAGACUGUCGGGGGGGCGGUGCUGUAUAUGCCACGGACGAGUCCCUCUCCGCACACAAGUAAACGACGGCCCGGGAAAGACAGGGAUGGUCGGUUCUCCCCUGCAGUGGGUUUAUACGAGGUGCUGUCUCAUUGCCUGAAGCAAGCCCUUGGGCUCAGGUGGAAGCAUCCUAGAGCAGAGAGGACACAGCAGUGGCCCUCCUGUGUCUGCAUCCCCAUGUUUAGAGCAGCACCUGCCUUAACCCUCCUGGCUGCACCUCUUUUCCUCACAACACUCACUCUUGGGAGCAUUGGGAUAGAUCCUAUGUCCCCAGUUUUCAGCAGGUGCCUGGAAGGCAAAUACAGAAGGGGCUUUCAGACAAGAGGCAAAGAUGGAGGGAAGAGGGCCACCUGGGUUACUGCCCAGGAAACUAGCUUGGCAGGGGGCAAGGGCAAGCCUCCUGGCUGUGGGCACUUAGGAAUCUUUCCUGGCUUAGACAUGUCUCCAUCUGUCUCCAGUUCAGUCCCAGCCCCCCUUGACGAGGGGCCCGGGGGACAGAAUGCCCGAGCAGUGGCUGCUGGGUUACUUCCUGGUGGCAGGCCAUGGAAGGGAAGGGACUGAUCACACACACACACACCCACACACCCACACACCCACCCACCUGGCUCAGUCUAGAGUCUAGGGAGAGUGCAGAGACGCCACUCCCCGUGGAGAUGGCCCUCGCCUGCAAAGCCACAACGUGGAGCAUGUGCUAGGGUUCGUCCCCUAGUUGACUCGCGGGGACCUCACUCGCUAAGCAAGGUAGAUGCCAAGUGAUCUGGAAGCUUGCGAAGGCUCCGUGGUCAGUGCCGGCCCUGUUUUCAGGGCUGCAGCUCAGCUGAUGCGCCUGGUUCCCAGGAUUGCAAGAACACACUCAGCUGCUCUCAAGGCUCAGUCCGACGGGGAGUGGAGAGGGCUCUGUACUGGGAAGGUUUUGCUGCUAAUGUAUUUAUGGAAUGAAUGUAUUUCAUUCAAAUCUGUAUUCCUCUAGGAAGGAUUAAAUUCAUCUUUUUGUAAAACA